CUGAAUCGUCCCAAUGUUUGGCAAAAAUUUUAACAAUGGCAGAUGUAAAGUACGUUGCGGCUGGUUUUUUGAAUGAUGCUGAGAGACUUCUUCAGGAUUUUAUUAAACAAAACAACAUGGAGUUUCCAGUUUUCGCCGAGGUAUGGAAAAAGCAUAAUUUUUCUUUGAUUUACGCUUAUCGGCCGAACGGGAGGGAACUUAGAGAAUUCACUCUAGAAAUUUUUGAGCUUUCGGCCAGUUUCCUGAAAUCCGGCUCAUUAUUGCAUAAGGUGGGCGGAACCUUCUUAUUAUAUGCUUUGUACCGAAAUCAGAUCCUGUCGCCACCUUUGAAGAUUCGUAUAGUACCAAGUCUGUUCAAAACUAUAUUAGCCCUUUUAGAUUUAUCAGUAGCGAAAAAUAAACGAUCUUUGCAUUAUGUCAUAAGCUAUUUGGUAGAGCAUUCAUUCGAUUUUGUUGCUUCUCCGAAGCUUAAGGGUCCACAUUAUAUAAAGAAUGAAAAUUGCAUAGACGUCGGUAAAAAUCAUAAUAAUUUUCGAGAAUCUGAUGUGAAAUAUGAAAUGACUGAAAUUUCCAAAAGUGGUAUGCUUCCUGAAAUCGAUCGUCUAUUUAUUGAGUACAAAAAUACUGUCCUUUCACUAAACACGCCGGUUGGCUUCAAUUUAACAACUGGCGAUACUUCGCUGAAAGACUUCGCUCAUCGCAUUGAUGAUUUAUUGACUGAAAAUAAGAUAGCGGAUCAGGAUACUAGUACCAACAAUCCAAAAGAUUCUGCCAUAGGAUCGCGCCGGGCUCUAAUAAAGGCUGCUGCGUUUUCUAAUCCAGUGUGCCAUUAUCUCAGCCAUGACGAGAACAACGUUACAACCUUGAGUUUGAGCGAAGGAGUCGAAUCUUCUCGUGAUAUACCAUCCAAUCCACCUGUUCCUACUACAAAAGUUCGCAAGAAACGGCGUGUUCGAAAGGGCCUAAAAAAAAUCGGUCGACCCAAAAAGUUUGUAUCUGAUGAUUCUUCGAGCGAAAAAGAGCUGCAACUAAACCCUGACGAAACCUUGCAGGAAAAAGGAUUAUCUGGACGCCGCCGAAGAAAACCACGUGGGCCACAAUUUACGAAAAUACGUCAUUAUUAUGCUGAUGAUUUCGCAGAAUACGAUAAUUUGAAUGUGCCCUCAACGUCCAUGGUUUCUACUAAUGAAAAAAGUCCUACAUAUGCCCCCCUGUUUUCUAGCGAAAGUGACUGUUCUGAAGAAUUCUAAAAGUUGACAGUUUCUCACUUGAUUUUGGAAGUGCAGGACGCACAUUUCGAACCAAGGUAUUUGCUUUGUGUAUUUUAUGUAUUUAUGUGGCAGUGCCACGAAGCUGAUUUAUUAUUAUUAUUGGUGUUCAUUUUCUUGAGAAAU